AUAAAGAAUUAUAACUGUCGCGGCACACGAAACACGAAAAGAACUGUCGCUGCACGAAAAAUCUCGAUCUUAUAAUAACGGAAUCAACAUGGAGAACCAGGAUUCUGAAUCAUCGAAACCGGCUGAAACUCAAACUUUACAAGAUAACUCAACUGACAACGAAUAUGAAAUCAGGAGAAGACGUAUUGCAAAGGUUUUCAUGGAAGCGUAUGGAGGGGACAUCUUAAAGUACCGGAAGACUGACCCAAAGAAGCUUGAGGAGAUGCAGAAAAAACGUGAAGAAGCCGAGGCAAAGGCCAGCUCACCUUACAACUUCCAAACAGUAUUCUGGAUUCUUUCGUCGAUUGCUAUCUUCAAAUUAACUGACUUUCUACCUGCUAUUCUUUAUAAUUCUGCUGUAAAUCGGACGUGGCUGUAUGUUGGUGUUUGUUUCCUCGGCGUAAACUUGAUCAUCGCCCUCUACCUCAUCGUUGUGUGCUCGUGGAUAAGAAAGAUCAACGAUUGGGAGAAACACUGUCCGUGUGCCAUACCCAUUGCAACAUGUUCCUUCGUUGCUGGGACUCUGUGUCUCAACAUAGCUCUGUGGCCUGUGUAUGGAUUCCUGACACCUUUAUUUCUCUUCACUCUCUUCAUGGGUUUCAUCGUCCUCGUCAGUCUCCUACCGAAUAGCAUUCGGCAGGGGGUAGUUAUCUGAUCAAUUCUAUCUUUCAUCUUGCUUUCUCUCUCUCUCUCUCUCUCUGUGCUUAUAAAAUCUCUUAAGUCUUUUAGGGAUUUUUCAAAUCUCUUCAAAUAUUAACCCACAUUUCAUCUUCCGGCUUCAGCCUCUCAACUGUUUACUCUGCACUUUGCUCAUUGAUUAGUGUUUUGCUCUCCUAAUUAAUAGUCAUUUAGUGGUACAAAAUUUUUAAAUAGUGAGAAGAGCCAUACUAAAGCUUUUCAUUGUGUACUAUUCAGAGUAAGACGCACAUAAAAUGGAAGCGAACACAACAAAAGAAUAUAACAAAGGGCGCAUAGGCAGAGUGGCAGGAAAUUGUGAGUGCUGAUUGACUAUAGUCCUAACGGUAAAUUAUUUAUGCUGUUUUUUCCCCAUCAGACUCGGGGCAAGACUAAUUUACCAUUGGGACUUAAAUAGCCAAUCAGCGCUCACUAUUUCGCGCCAGUCUGCCUACGUGCCCUUUGUUAUAUAUUUUGUUUUGUUCGCUUCCAUUCAUGUGUGCGUCAUCACAACGAAAAGCUUUAGUAUGGCUCUUCUCUAAUUAUUAAUCGUGACAAACUCCAUUUAUUGAUUGAUCCACUGAUUAGAUACACUGUUAUGGGAAAAUCAUGUUUCAUAACAUAAAUUGACAAAUUUGGGGCUAUUUCUCAUCGGAAAAGGAAGAUGUUUAAUUUCCAAAUUAGUUGCCAAGCAGUAAAAUCCAGAUACAUGUAUUGGUGAAAUCAUAGAAAUAUGGGACCCUCCAAGAUGUGUAGUGUAUAGUAACUGCCAAUAAUACCAUGACCAUUUUCAAGUACAUCAUUUUCUAUUCAUGAAUUCACUGGUAUUCAUGUAGACACUGUGGGAAAUAUGAAUAACAUGCUUCAAGAACCGAUUUGGUUGCAAAUUGGUGGAUUUCUCAGGAUUUCACUUUGCUGAAUGAAAAAAUAAAAAUGUUGAAAUUAAACAAAAACAUCCAGGAGCUGUGUUAUAGUUGAUGUUUAUCACCCCACUCCUAAAUGUCAAAAGUCCCUAUUCUUUCCCUGCACUAACAUGUAUUAUGAAAUCCUGUUAGUAUGCAUUUGAAGUGUCAAGUCUCGGGGUGCAUGCAGUAUGCAGUGACCUAUGUCCUCUUACUAUUGUUGGUUGUGAAAUUUUGCAGUGAGAUCUGUCUCUGUUAUGGUGAUUGGUAUUAGCAAAGAUCAGAUAAUAAUAACGUAUAGCAUUUAUGAGCCAUCGAUCAUCUAGUUUCCUAUUCAAUGGGGCACUAUAUUUUACCCCGGCUUGAGCACAGCUGUUAGAGUUGCUUGGUGCAUUCUAGGAAUUAAACCUGCCAGGUACCCAUACAACUCACCUGGGUCGAGUGCAGCACAGUGCGGAUGAAUGUCUUGCUGGAGGAUAUUACGCCAUGGCAUGGGAUUUGAAUUCACAGCCGUCCGUUUCAAAGACCGGAGACUAAUCCAAUGGGCAUCAACGCUCCACAGACAAAACUGGAUUAUCUAUAGGUUGAAUGAAUCGAUGUAGGACCAGUGGGCAAGUGAUUGAUAAGUCUCUAGUAGGACUUAGACUUGGUCUUCUG